AUGAAGCUGGAGGUGUUGUGCGGAAACCACUGUGAGAUGAAACUUUUGGAGAUGUCCAGUGAUAUAGAGGGGAGUGUGCGCUCCCCUCUUUCUGCUGAAGAGGAGCUGGGGUCGGAUGGGGACUGCGUGGCACACAGCCCUCCACCUGUUACCUCAUGCACCAGCAGCAAAUCAAAGCCGUACACAAGGAGACCCAAACCCCCGUUCUCAUACAUCGCUCUCAUCGCCAUGGCUAUCCGGGACUCCUCCUCUGGACGCCUGACUCUGGCGGAAAUAAACGACUAUCUGAUGAAAAAGUUUCCGUUCUUCAGGGGCAGCUACACCGGCUGGAGGAACUCGGUUCGACACAACUUGUCCCUAAAUGACUGCUUUCUCAAAGUGCUCCGGGACCCGUCCAGACCUUGGGGAAAGGACAAUUACUGGAUGCUGAAUCCUCAAAGCGAAUACACGUUUGCAGACGGAGUGUUCCGUCGCAGAAGAAAACGCAUUAACAAAAAAUUUGGCAGGGAGCCAGAGGAGUCCGAGAGUGCAGAGGGGCCGCAGAGCAUCCCACAGUCUGCACCCGCCACCAGGACUGAGUCCGCUGUCAAGUUCACCAGUUCAUUUGCUAUAGACAGCAUCCUCAGCAAGCCGUUCAAGAGAGACUCACACAACGGCUUCCUCCCUCCCUUCACUUGGCCGCGUUACACUGAACUAAUGAUACCUCAUUCAAAUACACCUGUCUCACUUCCAUUCGUCAAGUCAGCCUAUGUGGACUCCCGUGCUGCACACGUUUCACACGCCUACAGCGAUCGGUUUAUUUCACAGCCAGUUUUACGAUUUCAGAGUUGA